CGCGUGCCAAAAUUGCCAAUGAAAUCCGUCUUCUGUACCGUCGUCGAACCGCCACCAACUUUAACGUGGUAAAGCGGAGUAGUUACCCGGUUCUGCUCGUCUCGCGAACCCUAUAAAGUGUGUUGGAGAUUUAUUAGAGAGAGGGACAAAAGAGCUAUUCAGGUAUGGACGACAGUUGUGCCGUGUGUGCUGAAACCUUGGAGUGGGCGGCCUAUGGCGCCUGCGGGCAUCGGGAUGUUUGCUCCACCUGCGUGGCUCGCCUUCGCUUUAUCUGCGAUGAUCGCCGCUGCUGUAUUUGUAAGACGGAGUCCUCCGUCAUAUUUGUCACAAAGGCUUUAGGUGACUAUACUAGGAUGAUAAAUGACUUUUCAGUAUUGCCAUCUGAAGUAAGGGAGGGACAAGUGGGAUUCUACUGGUACCAUGAAGGUACACAAGCAUUUUUUGAUGAUGUGGAUCACUAUAAGAUGAUCAAGGCAAUGUGCCGAUUGUCAUGUAGUGUGUGUGACAAGACGGAUGAUCAACCAAAUGAUGGUUCAAAGCGUAGGGGGAAGUUUAAGAACAUUGAGCAGUUGAAGGGUCAUCUGUUUCACCAGCACCAGUUGGUGAUGUGUAGUCUGUGUUUGGAAGGACGGAAGGUAUUUAUUUGUGAACAAAAGCUGUAUUCUAGAUCACAAUUGAAUCAGCAUAUAAGCACAGGUGAUUCUGAGGUGGAUGGUAGUGAGAGUGAACGAGGUGGCUUCAUGGGGCAUCCUAUGUGUGAAUUCUGCAGAACUCCAUUCUAUGGGGAUAAUGAGUUGUAUAUGCAUAUGUCUACAGAGCACUAUACAUGUCAUAUAUGUCAGAGGCAGCAUCCUGGACAGUAUGAAUACUACAAGAGUUACGAUGACCUCGAGAUGCACUUCGGCCGAGAGCAUUUUCUUUGCGAAGAUGAGGCCUGCCUCGCCAAGAAGUUUGUUGUCUUCCCAACGGAAGCAGAAAUUAAGAGGCAUAAUGCAAUUGAACAUGGAGGGCGCAUGUCUCGUUCUAAGCGUAAUGCUGUUUUCCAGAUACCAACUAGCUUUCGGUACCGUCAGAGUAAUGAACAAGAUCGUCAUCUGGGACGAGGUCUGUCGUUUCACCGUGAUCCAUCUGAUAAUCAACUUUCCAUGGCCAUCCGAGCUAGUUUAGAGACAGCGAAUCCAGAUGGCACAACCCGUGAUCCUAUGUCAUCCUAUGGUGCACAGUCACUUUAUAAUAACAGAGAUGUAACUGAUGUUAAUCCUAUUGUUCAGCCUUUUGAAUCAUUGACUACAAUAGAUUCUGAACAACCUUCAAGAUAUCAUCAAGCCUUGGGGCAAAGUUCUAGCGGUGUACCUUUGACAGAAUCUUUAUUUCCUCCAUUGGCGGUGAGUUCCAGCAGCAGCAGUCAUAAAAAAUCCAAACAGGAUUCUGAAGGUUUACAUAUUAACACAAUGGCGGCAAACCUCAGCCGGCGAAAGAAUCGGAAGGCAACUGUUCUCAACCCAAGUCAGACAUUGCCUGUGGUAAACCGUUGGCCUGAGCUACAAUCAAGUAGGUCAUCGCAAUAUAGAUCUACAGCAAAUGUUAGACCUGCCGCAUCUAAAAGUUCUGUUAGUGGACCUCCACUUCCUAGUUAUGCAGGUUCUGUUCUGCCUCAGGCUCAAUCUCAAGUUCGACCCACAAUGAUUCAUGGACUUGCAUCAUCUAAUUCUUCUUUUAAGUUGGGCAAUACCAAUAGGAUCAGCCACUCUGCAUCAGGCCCGAAUCUUUCAGAUAAAGUGCCAUUGUUCCCUUCUGUUUCUGACUUUCCUCCAGUUUCAGCAACACGGAUACACAAUAUGCCCCCAGCUAACCAGUCUUUGCCGAAGGUGGAAGAUGUUCGUACUGCUAACAAAUCUCUGGUUGAAAAGGUGCGUGCUGCUCUUGAAUAUGAUGAAGAUGAGUACACUUCGUUCAAGGAAAUAUCGGGACAGUAUCGUCAGGGUAUGGUGGAUACUAAAAGAUACCUCAAUUAUGUGCAGCAGCAUGGUUUGUCACCUCUCGUUCUUGAGUUGGCCAUGCUUUGUCCGGAUGUUCAAAAGCGGAAAGAGCUGGUUGAUGCCUACAAUGCCAGUUUGCAAAGCACUGGCCUGCAAGCAAAUGGGAGGGGCCAAAGCAGUGGUACCAGUAUGAAAGACAGUAGUAACUCUAAGAAAGGCAAGGGGAAGAACUUAAAUGCUGAAGUCAGUAGUUCCAAGGAUGCAUUAGCAGAUAGCAUUAUAAAUACUGCCCGGAAACUGCGGUUGGAUAACAAGCGUACAGAAGAAGAUGGGGAGGUACUAUCAAAAGAUGGUUACCGUACCACCAAAGGCAAAUCAAAAGUGAUGGUUGAUGAGCACCAGUUAGAACAUGGUUCAGCUAGUAGGGGCCAAAAUGAUUCAACAUUCGUUAGUGGUGGAUCAAAUAAAAAUGUGGGGAGUGGUGGUAGGCAAACGAAAAAAAUCUCAAAGUUUCACAGAAUGCGGCUUGGUGAUGGUUCUGUGGCUGCAGUUUUGGAUCUCAAAAAUUCUAAACCUGAUCCAGAUCCUGAUUCCACUGUGGUGGAUAAGAGGUUAAAGGGUGUUGAAAACCCAAUCGGGAUGCCUGUUCGAGGUGUUUGGGGAAAGGGUGGAGGUCAGAAGCUCUUCUCUAGAUGAUGUGUACCACUUACUAGAAUGUUUUAAGUUUUGGCAGAGGUUUAUGAUUUGAUAGCGAUGUUUUGGCAGAAGUCAUGAGCUCUUCUGUAGGUUAUGAUGCGUAGAACUUUACUGGAAUGUCGCGUUUUGGUGGGAUUUCAUGGUUGAGUGGCUAUAGAUGGGGAAUUUCCCUUUGUUGCUGUAGUUAUUACUCUGCAAGAUCAUAUUCAUAGUAUCAUACCUGAAGAGACUAUUUUGGUUUUAAUUAUUUAAGGUGGGAUACUUGUGAAAGCUGCAAUCUUCCGAUGGGGAGAAUGGAGCUUGUUCAUGCCUUUUUUGUUUCUUUAAUUUGGGGGCAAGUGUUUAUUCAAGUAAGAAUAUAUAGCAAAUGUAAUAUGGCAAACGAGUUUCAAUGUACUGUCAAAGUUCCUACAA